GAAGUUCUCACAGUUUGUCUCGGUGAAGUUUGCGAAAAGCUGAUAUUUUUUGGGUUUCUUCCGUCUGGGGUUUUGCGUGUUUUUCGCCAGGUUUGAUUUUAUUGAGGAUGUGAGUGAGCAGUGAAUCACAACGAUGUAGAAACUUCAUCGGUGACGUGACGUGACGUGACGGCGAUUUCCUUGAUUUUGUUGCUCAAAGUGUUAACUUGGUUGUUUUGGAAGAAGUCUGACAUGCAGCUCCUCCUCCCCGAAAACUCAUCUAAACUUUGAUUUUUCUCAACGAGCAGCGACUCCUUAUCGUUUCUCUGUGUGGCAAACAUGCGGGAAAAGUUGUCACGUUACUUUGCCGCGGAGGAGAAACUUGUGCGCGGACAGAGCGGCUGGACUUCGGCGGUGGUCGCGGUGCUCCUGCUCGGGUUGUUCGCCUCGUGCUGCUGGGCAGAAGAAGCGUCCUGUCACGGGGCGUACGACCUCUACUUUGUUUUAGACAAGUCUGGAAGCGUUGCUAAUGACUGGCGUGAGAUAUAUUCCUUUGUGAAGAACCUUACUGACCGGUUUGUGAGUCCGAGAAUGAGAGUCUCAUUCAUCGUUUUCUCUGCCCAAGCCAAAGUCCUGCUGCCUCUGACUGGAGAAAGACACGAGAUUGAAGAAGGUCUGCGGCUUCUGAAAGAUGUGACUCCAGCAGGUGAAACGUAUAUGCACAAGGGAAUCGAACAGGCCAACGAGCAGAUAAAGCAACAGUCGCUCAAGUCCUCCAGCAUCAUCCUGGCUCUGACAGACGGGAAGCUUGCAGUUUAUGUUCACGAACUGACUGUAAAGCAGGCUGACGAAGCGAGGAAAUAUGGCGCUCGUGUUUACUGUGUGGGUAUCAAAGACUUUGAUGAGCAGCAGCUUGCUGAAAUUGCGGACACCAAAGACCAUGUGUUUCCUGUCAAAGAUGGCUUCCACGCUCUCAAAGGCAUUAUCAACUCUAUAUUAAAGAGAUCGUGCACAGAGAUCCUGAGCGUGGAGCCCUCCAGUGUCUGUGUGAAUCAGUCCUUUGAUAUCGUCCUCAGAGGGAACGGCUUUGCCCUCGGACGCAGCAAUGAGGGCGUCGUCUGCAGCUUCAUAGUUGGCCAGCAAACCUUCACUGAGAAGCCGAGCACGGUGCGUAAUGACUAUCUGCUGUGUCCCGCCCCGAAGCUCUAUGAAGUCGGACAGAAAAUGGAUGUUCUCAUCAGCCUUAACAACGGCAAGUCCUUCAUCUCGAGUGCCCACACCAUCUCUGCUACCACAUGUUCGGACGGCUUUGUGGUGGCGAUAGUCUUCCUGGUGCUGCUCCUCCUCGUGGCCCUGGCCCUCAUGUGGUGGUUGUGGCCUCUGUGUUGCAAAGUGGUCAUCAAGGACCCGCCGCCGCCGCCUCCACCAUCUCGUCCUCCACCGCCCGAGCCUGAGCCGCUGCCCAAGAAGAAGUGGCCAACUGUGGAUGCCUCGUACUACGGAGGAAGAGGAGUCGGAGGGAUCAGUCGGAUGGAGGUGCGCUGGGGGGAAAAAGGCUCUACUGAGGAGGGGGCCCGGCUGGAGAAAGCAAAGAAUGCCAAAGUGUCCAUACCACAGGAUGUAGAGGAGCCAAUGAUCAAACGGCCCACUCCAAAGCCCGCUCCCAACCAUCCACCCGAGAACAAAUGGUACACUCCUAUCAAGGGUCGUCUCGAUGCUUUGUGGGCUUUGAUGCGGCGGCAGUACGACCGAGUGUCCCUCAUGCGACCCACAUCAGAAGACCAGGGCCGGUGUGUUAAUUUCAGCCGUGUGCAGCACGCGUAAAACAGAAGAAGAAGAACUACUGUGUGAAAACCAGCAUGUGCUGAUUGCUGUGGACAAGAGAAGAAUUUCAGGUUGUUCUCAAAGACGUGUAGCCCUGCAGCUAAAACCACUAUCUGUUCGCUCUGCUUCACUUUGUGCACAAAGUUUCCCCCUCUGGUUCUUUUUCCUCUCUGCAGUUUUAAAAAUCACACAAGGGGAGAACGAUAGUGCUCUAAUUUUCAUUUAUUAAGUUAUUUACUAGAUUUUCCUCAAACCAAAUCUUUUUAUUUAAUAAAAAAGGCCAAAGCAGGAAUGCAGCGUGCCCCAGAACUUAGCACUCAGACACGGUUAGCUUUUCAUGCGCACCAAAGGCUUAACAUAUUCUGACCAUAUUGCAGCUUCUGUGAAAAUCCUCAUUUCGUGGACACAGACAGAAGCUAUCUUUAAAAAAAAAAAAGAAAAAAACAUGGAGGAAGGGGCUGUUUGCCUUUGGCGUGGAAGUCGGAAUAAUCCCAGCGGGCCUCGCAAGUGCAGAAGUCCACUGCCUUUUGGCAAUGUCUCAUCACGACUCCUCUCCAACUUCGGCUGUGCUGGAUGCCUGGCGGCUGCCCUUUGACUGGCUUAUCUUGUCAUUUUAACACUGAGAAGUGCACACGCAUGACAAAUUGUAGACAGGAUGCCCCAAGGUAUUGGAAGGCACCAAGACUUUGCCCCUUUAGUUUUUUGGUUUUUUUUAAUACACCUUCCUUUCAUUAUGCACUCGGGACAAGGAAAUUAAUAGAGCGUUAUUCGACCGCAGGACAGCCUCCUGACCGGGGUGAUCUCCAGCUAGGUUUGAGGGAUUGAUGCCUUUAAGACCUUGACAUGGCGCUUGGUGUUUUUUGCCCCUGUUUUCAGUUCAGUCUGCUCCCUGCUCAGUAAGGCGUAGCACAUCACAAACCAUAAACAGGCCUAUCAGUUAAGAGUUUUAAGAUAUAGAUGCGGCUGCCUCGACACUGCCCGACUCUCCGUCUCAAUUCUCCGAGGGCUCCCGAGCUGCGUCGCAACUCGCUAGUUCGCUCAGCAGCGGAAUAUCAAAGUUUAAUUAAAAUAAUUAAAGGCAACAGCAAGCAGCAGCCUGUGAAGACCUGGCUGUCUGUUUUUUAUGCCUUUUGACAUUGAAUGACCUAUUACCGCGUUAUUCACAGGAAAAAGAGGACACGGCGCCACGGUGACGGUGCACCGCGUCCAAAACGUAAACCCAAAGCAGCGGAUGCGAUGGACGGAUAAGUAUUGUUCAUUUCCAGAAAUUAUUUCGUCCCCCUCCCCUUCCUCUGCCCCAACCCAAAAAGGAAGGGAUAUGUACUUAAAUAUAUUGUGGAUUUCUCAAGCGCGCUGUCACGACGCCAAUCCCAAAUGAUGUUAGUGUGAGCGGAAACACUGUGGGGGAGGAAAGGGGGCAGCAGCUGAAGAAAAAGGCUCGAAUGAUCCAGUCACUUUGGAUACCGUACUUCAGACGCAAAAUGGAUAUUCGAGUCGAAACCUGACAAAGCGUGCCGGCUUUGACGGGAAGCGGUAUAGACAAUGACCAGUGGCUGGGUCAGUGGGAUGUCUCUGUGCAAGCAGGGAAGCUUAUCAAAUGACACUAAAAAUAAGUUCAACAACCAUCAAGUUUGAGGGGGAACGGGCGAGCGACUCGCAUUCGGUGGGCACGAGGGUGCGUGAGACGGGCGGCGAGCAGCACGCCGGACUAAUUAUUCCUUUGUUUCCUCUCCGUCCCGAUCGGAGGGACAUAAAUAAUUCCGAAUCGAAUCCUCGGGGUGCGCUGGUAUUUAUGUUCGACUUAAACGCUUUUAGCCUCUUGCAUAAUUUUGCAGGCUGACAUUUAAUAGGCUCAUCAGCUCUGGACUUGCAGGGGACGGAGAAAUUUUAGCACUUAGAUCUUGUCUUCUUUAUGUAGCGACCGAGAGCACGGGAAUAUUAUUAACCCAAACUAAUGAGAUAUUUACAUAGCAGUCACAACACAACUCAUCCUGCUUACAGCAUGUCACAAGUCACCGCUGCGUCCCCUCCCCACACCACAUACGCCGUUGUUGUACAUUUAGAGGUAACAAAUCAAAUUUGCUUGUACCUCUCUGUAAAUGAAUGCUGUAUUUUUAAUAAAUGCAAGUAUUUUUGUACUUUUUUUAAAACAUCUUUACAACAACUUUAAACUUCACAUUUUGAUUUUUGUCCACUUUUAACAAAUUCCGGCUUCGGUUCGAUAUGCAUGCACAACUUUCUGUAUCGGCUCAUUUCAUGUGCAGAAUUGUAAAUUAUCAUUUUAAUAUCUUCAAGUCUUUUUUUUAUAUUCACGUAGAACCUUAAAGACCAAGUUCGACUCGCAUUCGUGUGAGCCGCUGCAUCUUCUUUUGUUUUUAAAGCUUUUCUGAGUUUUACACUGUUUUUAUUUUUAAUCUGAUUUUUUUCUGUCACUGUUGUACACUCUGCAGUCUGUUGUAUCAAAUAUACAUUCAACAAAAAAGUGAA